CAAAUGGAUUCCAUGUCCGUGUAUGUAUUUUUAUUCGGCGCGACAAUUGAUCAAACUUGUUUUUCUUGUGAUUAUCAACUUAUUUGGUGCAACAAGAUACACAUUUCAAACACUACAAUUAAGUGAAAUCUUAGUGUCGAUGUGUUGUGGCUAAAUAUGUGUUAGUUGUGAAAUAAUGAGGCGAGGUCAUCCUGGCAUCGGAGGAUGGCGAAGUGAAAAUCAAAGGCAUUUUAGGCCUAGAGGCAAUGGACCACCACGAUUUAGAGCUCCUAGGAACUAUCCUUUACUUGAAAACCCCAGAUUCCCGCCACCCAACUCACGUUCUAGCCAAAGAGGCACGCAUCCUUACACAGCCCAUGGAGGACAUUCAGAGGACCAUGGUAGACAAGAACACCAUGAAAGACAUAAAUACAGAGAUGGCCAUCACCAAAUUGAUCAAAGAACGUCAGACAGAGAGCAACAUCAACGGCCAAGACAAGGUUACCAAUAUACACAUCAUAGAGACAGGUCCAAAGAUAAUACAUAUAAAGGUUCGUCUAGUUUCUAUAAUGAUGUUCAGCCUGAGGCUUGUCAUGUCAACAGUAUGGGAGACAUAGACCAUCGACUUCCACCACAUGGCCAACAAGAUACGUUUAACCAGUCACGAAUACCACAGUGGACAAAUCCACCUCCUGAAUACAAAAAGCGGGCUUAUGAAGACAGAAAUCAAAAACCUUAUAGACAUGAUUUUUCAGAAAGGAAUAAGGUACCUGCUGUAGAUUAUACUGAUUACACUGGUCAUAGGCCACCAGCGUCAGACCACUAUGGCAGUACUUCUGGACCAGUUAGCAGUACUAAUAACACCUCAUUUAGUCGUUCUGUUGAUGAUACUGUAGAUAUAAUCAGGAAGAGGUUAAUGAAUCGCAAUGACCCCCAGACAUCUCAAGAUGAAUCUGCCCCUCAAGGAAACACCGAGCAAGUGGUGAGUGAAAAUGUAAUUCCACAGGUUCAGCCAGAGCAGACGCCUAAAAAGAGAACUCCAAGACAAAAACCUAAUGUUAAAUCAAAUUGUGAUAAGAUGAAAUCACAUAUUGUUCAUCAAUUAUUUAAGAUGGAUAAAGACAAAAUGCACAAACUGAUGGAUGAUCCGGGUUCCUCAACGAAAUUUGAAUAUGCAAUCAGUAGCUUAAUAACUGAGUCACAAAAUAGUCUAAAUCGCCACUUAAGAUCUGUAGCUGAGAAAUCUCUGUAUAGUUCAAGCUCUGAGUUCAUACAAAAUGAUAAGAAUACCAUCUAUGAGGAUACUUUCAUGAAACAAAUGCAAUGUCUGUUAGACCCACAGGAUACUGUACUACUUGAGGAUAUUAAGCCAAUUGUUAUGGCCGAGCUAAGCAAAGUACUUCAGAUUUCAGAUUUUGACCAAAGGUAUGAUACACCUGAGGAACAAGUUCCUCAACAGACAGCAGAUGACCAAUCAAAUUACCUCUAUGGAGAUAUUUACAAUUAUGAUGAAUACACACAAGACAGAUGCUAUGAUCAAAGCCAAACAUCAUCAAUUAAUUAUGAUAAUCUAAAUAGAGUUGAUAUUGUAGAUGGAAGCAGUGUGAAUUAUGAUUACAAUCCACAAUAUGAAGAUGUAAAGCCUUUAUUUGAGAGGCGCCCAUCAAAACGGAUUGACUCCAUUGAAGAUAGGCGUCAGAGUAUAGAAAGCCAAAGGAAAAAUCUGAGGAAAAGCUUAGAAAAUCCUGUUGAGGAACCUUUCAAAGGCAAAGAAGAUCCAAUGCCUCUUUUCAAUAGUUCAGAUCCGAUUUCUGAAGAUGAAGAUACAUUUGCUGAGCUAGACCGUCAGUAUCAUGUGGCUGUCGACCAUAAUUUCAUUGAGAAUGAUGAUCUCUCAGCUAAAGAUACUCCAACCAAUUUUCUGCCUGUUCAAAAUGAAACACCACAAGUUAAUAAUGAAAUUCAGAAUCAAUUACAAACAAUUGCUCAGGCUCCUAUAAAUUUAUUCCCAGUCAGUAGUACAGAAAGUCUUAGAGAUUUAGCUAUUAAAAUUAAACAAGAAGUGUAUAGUUGCGAAUCUCGUGAUGAAAAUACGCCGUCGAGGGCCCAACCAGCACCAAAAACUCCUGAAAACAGUGUUCAUAAAAUGAACAUGAAAAUAAAACAAGAGCAUGUGCCUCAAGCUAAAGAUACUGACAAAGAGACUGAAAAAGCGGGUAGCUCACAUACUAUUAAGACACCUCCAUCAAGCUCGAGAAAACGGCCAACUGACCAAAAACCUUCUCACCGUAAAGAAAAACGAAAGAAAAGUAACAGCAGCCAACCAGAACCAACAAAGACAGAUAAACCUAGCAGCUGUAGUAUACCUAGCACUAGUAGUACCUCAUCUAAGUCAACAGAAAAGUGCAAUGAUGCCCCAAAGCCUUAUUUUAGUAUUUUUACAAAUAAAGAUGAAUCUUCAAAAGAAUCUAAAGAUAGCAAAAAAGCUGAUGCAGCUGAUAAAAGUUAUUCUGAUAAAUAUGUCAAGAGGAAAGAACAUCCUAAAAAGCAAAAGGAGAAAGGUAGUGAAUCAAGUAGAAAGAGACAUUCUAGUACAUCAAGUCAAACUAUUUUAAGUCCUAAAGAUAAUCAAACUCCAACUAAACCUGACUCUAGUAAAAAUAAACUUAAGACUUUUGAUAUGUUUGUAGAGCAGCCCAAAAAGACAGUAACUAUACACCAAGCACACAGAAACACAGCUACUGCUGUAACACCUACCAAAGCCCCUGAGGAUGCACUAAAAGUAGGCACCUCGACUCCUGCACGCCAUAAGACGCCACAGACAAAACAUGCUGGUACACAAGUCAUUCGAAGGCUGAUAGCAAAAGAGACGCAAACAAAUCAAAUUAAAAGUACCGGUGUCCAUGCCACUAAAUUUACUCAAACAGAAAGAAAGAAAUUUGUUGCAAAACAUGUCCAAACUGACCCUAUCAUAAUCAAACAUGCCCAAGACGAGGCCGGAGGUACGUCAACAGCACUGUCUAAUCCAGAAGAUGUUAUUGACAGGAUGAAAGAAAUCGACUUGGAAAUCCAAAUAUUAUUACAAGAAAAAUUCAAACUGUACAGUUCUCUAGAAAAUAAGGACGCUUGUUCAAGCAGCAUGCCCACUCUUGGUAUGACUGUUCUGAACGUAACUACUAAUGAUAAUGAGGAAAAUAAGGAAUGUGACGAAAACGACGCAUUGUCGGAUAAUUUAAUAAAUGCUGACUCGAUCGUAGAUGAUUUCACGAACAUACCUGUAGAAGAAUUAGAGCAAAUAGCUAUGGAGACUGUACAAGAAGAUAGUUCAGAUUCAACGAAAGUGGGAAAAAGAAAUUUACGACCUAAAGUUCAUCAACAAGAACGAAAACACUCUGAAAGUCCCACGACUAGUAUGACUAGAAGAAGUCAGAAAACGAAAACGCCAAACAUAUCUCUUAUAGAACAGAUAAUUACUGAUGACAGACCUCUAGAAGAUAUUAUAUCAUUAGACGAUCUGGAGGAGCCGCAAGCUAAAAACAAAAAGAAAUCUCAAAGACCGCAGCCACAGUCAAAGAAAAAAAUGACGAGAAGGACUACUAAUACCAAGCCUUUAAAAUAUUUGAAUACAUCUGCCUUUGAUUUGAAAGACUGUUCUGUGGUUCUAAUACAGACUGAUGUGACGAAGUUUAUUAAGGAGGGAUCACAGAUAUAUCUGCACUCUGAGUCUUCUCAAAACUCUCAUCACUCCCAGUCCUCGCAACACUCUGAACACUCCGAGUCCCCUCCACGCUCUCAGGCGAUGGACUCCUGUGAACCGUCCCUGCACUCGCAGCCUCCUGACCAGCCGCAGAUUCAGCAAUCCGACGAAGACUCACGAUGUUCAGAUCCUUCUGCUAGUCCUGACCUGGUGGAGGUUUAUAGUAUCGAAGAAACUUUAGACAAAGCUCCCACAAGUCAGCUAGAGGAGACUGUUGUAAAUGAUCUCCAAUUCGAUAUGUUAGAUGUAUCUGAAGAUAUAGUUAUAGGGGAUAAUUGUGAAGUUAAGUGUAUUGAGGAUAAAGAUAUGGAACGUGGGACCAUUAGUGAGGAUGUGAUACUGGAUAACAGUCAGUCGUCUGCUGACGAAGCUGUCGCUGCGAGUAUGGGUCAUGUGGAGAACGAGUGCAGGACUUAUGACUAUUCCACUGACGAGCAGCUGCGACGUGACUCCAUUACCGUCACCGGGAAUGCAGACGCCGUGCUAGCUGUCGAAUGCAUAGAAAAUGACUUCAUAGCAGCGUGUUUGGACGGCAAUGUUUACCACUUCAGCGGUGACGGACACCUGCUGAACACGUUGCGAGGGUCCAACCUUGCAGUCACCUGCAUCACCAUCGUCAAGGAGAAGGGUGGCACUACGGUGUACACAGGAUCCCUAGACUCCAGGAUACGAUAUUAUGAUUUGGAGACUGGUCUGGAAAAGGGUCCAGAAUGCAAUGUUCUCAGUCCGAUUCAGACAAUGGACCGCGCGUGGGACACUGUCUUCGUUGGCACGAGGACUGGAUUUGUACUGCAGUUUGAAUGUAAGAAUAACAUGUUAAUACCAGUGAGUACAGUGAAGUUCUCCGACCAGUCGAUCCUGGCGCUCCGUGCCAUGAAGGAGGGACCUCGCAAGGUCCUACUAGUAGCUUCCAGAUCUGAAGAUGUUACCAUCAAGGAUGCACAGUCCGGGCUACUGCUGAGAACGCUCUCUGGGCCCAAGAUGACAGUGUACACUCUUCUUUUUGAAGACGGGAAGGUGUACUGCGGAACUAGCAGCCAUCAGAUACAUGUGUUCGAUUAUGCUAGUGGAAGUCAUACGGGUUGCCAUGAAGGUGGUAAGGGAGCGGUGUGCCUGCGAGCGACCGGCGGGCUGUUGUUCGCGGGGUGUUACGACGGCUGCGUGUACGUGUACAGGGAGGGAGAGACCAGGCCGCUCGCGCAACUUAGAGGACCUAGCCUUAUGUUGCUAUCGCUCGCCAUUGUCGGGAGCAAGAUUAUCGCAGGAUACAAAGACAGAAGUUUGUAUAUAUGGAAGAUACCAUUAAGUAUACUACAAGAAAUGAUUUUAUAAGUUUUUAAUUAAGUGUUGUAGAUUAAAUCUCACGUUUACCUUAAUGUUAAAUGUAUUCCGUGAUUUGUUUGGUUUGAGCCAAUGUGUACAUAUUAUUACAUAAAAUAAAAGGAGUUUAAUAAGUUUUAUAGUAUUAAUUUCCUUUUUAUUGCACUUAAGUUGCGUUCACGCAUGAGGCGAAUAUAUUCAUGUAUUUGUGAUUUUAAUAGAGUGGUAGAUAGUAAUACUAAGCUUGUGUCCAGAAAUUCACUAAAUUAUUUACAAAUAGUUUGUCCAUGUCAUUUUUAUCUCUGAAUGUGUAGCAAAAAAGAAGCAGAAUAAUAUUAAUACAGAAUAAUUU